AUGCAGCCCAAUUUCCACGAGAUCGCGCGCAAGGGCGACGCCGCGACCGCCGCGGAGCGUCGCGAGCUCCGCGACGCCGUCCAGCGCCGGCAGGUCGUCGAGGACAUGAUGGAGCUCAGAGGCUCGUUCUUCCCGGGGAUGGAUGCGAUCCGGCGGGACAACGAACGGGGAGAGACCAUAGACAGCCUCCGGACGCGCAUAGCGGGCCUACAGAAGCAGCACACGGAGGAGGUCCGGACGCUGUACGAGUGGCACGCGCAGGACUACCACGACGAGAUGGCCGACAUCUCCCGCGCCCACCCGGACAUCGUCGACCAGCCCGUAGACGCGUUCUACAGGACCGCGCGCGCCGCGCACGACCUCCGGGUGGAGUUCGACAACGAGCUCGACGCGCACUACCACGCGCACCUCCGGACGGUCGCCGUGCUCCGCAGGCGGCUGCAUGUCAAGGAGAAGGUCGCGCUCGAGGCGCAGAUGAAGCAGGACCAGCGGUUCCCGCAGACGAUCGAGGAGUUCGGCACGCUCAAGCAUGAGCUCCAGGUGCGCACUGCGAAGUUCCUGGUUGGGGACGACACCAUCAAGGAGCGCUUUAGGGAUCAAUAUGGGUGGGCGUGGCGAGACGUGGAGAGGCUUGUGAACACGUUCAAAUCCGAUGACGACUGGGCCGACCACCUGCGUGUCCUCCUCCACACGGACAAUGCUCUCCAAGAAGCAGGGGAUCCGUAG